CGACCAAAGGCUGUGUCCGGUUAGUGGCCCGCAUGAGUGCUGACCAGCGGGGUCGGUCGGUGGGAGCGCUUUCGCAGAAAGGUCACUGGCCGGGUUCUUGGAUUAGGGUUUUCCGGGCAGGAAUCGCAUCAUCGCAUCCAAGCUUCGCUAGGAAAAAAAAGAGGAAUCCAUGGAGGCCGAUUCUUGGAGCCGCUUCUCGCUCGCCGCCUCGAAGCGCCGCCAGUCCGCUCACCAAUCGCGAUACGAUCUGUACCUUGGGUUCGAGGAGAUUGAUGGCGGUGAGGACGACUCCCGCGCGGAGUUUCCCUGCCCGUUUUGCUCCGAGGAUUUCGAUAUCGUCGGGCUUUGCUGCCACAUCGAUGAUGAGCACCCCGUGGAGGCUAAGAAUGGGGUAUGUCCCAUUUGUGCAGCUAGGGUUGGUUUGGACUUGGUUGGGCACAUAACAACACAGCAUGGAAGUUUCUUCAAGAUGCAAUAUAGAAGGAGAUUCCGCAGAGGUUCACCUGGGUCCCAUUCAAUGCUAUCUUUGUUGAGAAAGGAUCUAAGGGAAGGCAAUCUACAAUCUCUUCUUGGAGGAUCUUCCUACAUGGCUGGCCCUUCUGCUGCGGCACCUGAUCCCUUUCUGUCAUCAUUGAUUUACACUUUACCUGUGGCUGAGGCAUCAAGAGAUGUACAACCUGAGUCUUUGGAUGAAGGAAGUCUGGUUAACAAGAGUUUAGAUGAAAAGGUUGCAGAGAGGGUGGAACCAUCUCUAUCUGACGAGGACCAGAAGGAGAGAGCUCGAAGGAGUGAAUUUGUACAGGAGCUUGUGCUCUCUACAAUAUUUGAUGACACAUUAUGAAGGAGUUCUCUACCACUAUGGUGGCUAAAGGGGCCGUUGAGAAAACGCCAGGAUCAUCAGCAAGCUGCGUCAUUGUUGUAAUUGUUGCUUAUCAUCUCCUUUGGAUCAGUGGGAGCAUUUAUUUGAUGGUUGUAUAUUUAUAACUGCCUUAAGAGAGGGAGGAGCAUGGAUUGUAUUUAUACAUUUAACAUUAGUAUCAAUAUCUGAAGCGACUAUUUCUACAACAACAA